CAGUCGAAUGUGCGCCCGGUGCUCGAAUAUUCAAUAUCAACACAGUUUUGUGCAUGUACUGUUAAAUACUGGUAGAUAGCUUUCAACAAUGUUUGGACAAAUAUUUUUAUAUACUCUUGUGUUUUUAUGGACCGUAAAAGGCGUAUACGCACACGUGGAUAGUGCAAAGUUGACUGAAGAGUGCAAGAUAGCCGACAUCUGCCGCCACGACCAGGUCCCGGUGUGCGGCAUCGACUCCUGCGGCGAGAUGCGCACCUUCAUCGACACCUGCGACAUGCACGAGUUCAACUGCGACAGUAAAAAAGAUUUCGUCCAGAAACCAUCGCACGAAUGUUGGGUGACAUGCAAGAGAGGCAGAAGCUUCAAAAAGCCAGAGUUUGGUGCUGACUGUGACAAACAAAACUUAGUGUAAAUUAUGUUUUGUAGUGAUCGUCAUCUAGAGUCUAGAUUCUAGACUAAGAAUAAGGUAUAAGAAUCCUGUCACCUGAUGGAAGUGUAACUUUACUAUUUUUAACUUCAUUUUAUUAUGACUGUUUGAAUGAUUAUAUUGUAUAACGUUAUUUUUACGUUAAAACGAACGUAAAAAGAAAAGCUUUCCAAAACAAAAACAUUCGGUAGCAUUUUUCAAAAACAAUGAACAA